UACUCUCCUUGUUUCCUUUUCUUCUUAUCUUUUGCUUUUCCUAUUUACUACUUCCAUCGAACACACAGAGAAGGAAGAGUCAGAGGAAGAAAAACAGAGAAAGAGGAAGGCACGAGAGAGCUUACCACGGUGAGAGACAAUUUCUGUUUCUUUCUUUGAGCUGGCCGAAAGAAGAGGAGAGGAAAGUGAGAGUUUAAUUUUCUGUUCAGCUUACACAGACCCGAGAGAGAGAGAUGGCAUUUUCUGCUCUGAUUUAGAGUAGACUGAGUGAUAGGGAGAGUUUGGAAGAGGGAGCUUUACUGGUUUGUGUUUGGGUUGCUGGAAAACAAGACCCACCGAGAUGGAGCAAGAAAGAGAGUUUACUUCUACUCUUCCUUUUUCGAGAGGGUGAGAGGGAGAGCUUUCUACUUUCACUUUUUUGCUUUUACCGAACUAAAGGAGGGACAGAGAGAGCUUGAAAUGCAGAAAGAGAAGAAGGAAGAAGAAGGCCGUUGGGCGUGAAUUGAAGAGGGAGGCUGCACUCAAUAUAUAGGAGUCUUGAUCGGUUGAGAUUAAUUGAGUAAAAAUUGAUCCAUGGCUGAGAGGCAACUUGGGUAGCAAGUUUGAUCCAUGGCCGGGAGUAGGACCGUGCAGAUCGGCCGCCUGCCGCCCACCAGCUGUCACCGCGCCGACAUCGAGCCGCCAUCUACAUCUGGCUGCCGGUAAGCGGUACAGAUUUCGCCUACUGACGUCGGUUCGGUCGGUAGGCGAAAUGAGGGCCGUACAGUCGGUUUUUGCACCGACCCAAACCGACUAUAUUGUUUACUUAAAAAAAAUAAUAAUAAAAAGACGACACCGUUCUGUUAUACAAAAAGUAAAAGCAGACGCCAUCCGCCUUCUUUUUCGUUAUUUCAUCCUAUAUAUUCCACUCUUAAAAAAAUUCCCCUGAAGGCUGAAAGGCUAAUUAUCCGUUUCUCUCUUGUUGUUGUCAACGUCGGAAACUUAUUCUUUCUCAAUCUCUUGCCGCGCUGUGAGUCACUUUUAAGGGGAUGCUGCUUUAUCCAGAGUCUACUCUUCAGCUAUGUUCUUCGAGAAGAUUCUGUGAAGUUUUCAAGGAUUUAUUUCUGUUCCCUGUCAGCCGUCUGGAUGACGUGGUAUUCCCUCCGGACACUCAUCAGUCAGCAACAUCCGUCCGGACGACGAGAUCUUUCCGUCCGGACGCCCAUCAGUGUCUAGAAGCUUCGAACAGUUCAAGAUUGCAUCCGUCCGGACGUAAUGGCAAAUCGUCCGGACGCUCUUCAGAGUUCGAGAAAAUCCCAAUGUUCCAGCGCAUCUGUCCGGACGACGUGGUUAUACCGUCCGGACGCCAUUCAGUGUUUGACAAGAAAUAGGAUUUCUGCCUCAAGACACAGUUAUGGGAAGACGGCUACUACCGUCCGGACGAUGUGUGAUCCCGUCUGGACGAUGUCCUCUAUAAGGCAAGAAUGUGCAUACCAAGUUCAACCGUCUGGACGUCAGCCUUCAUGGUCCGGACGAUCAAGCUUCGUAUAUGGAAGUUGCGUGCACCAGUUCAACUGUCCGGACGUUAGCCUUCAAGGUCUGGAUGCUCCAAGCCUUAUUAUGGUAAUUUCGUGCAGCCGAAGUGCAACCGUCUGGACGCUAGGUCAACACCGUCUGGACACGGCCUUGUUAUGGAAGCUUUCAGCGCUAUCUUGGAGAGGCGGUUGCAGUUGACCGUCCGGACUCUCGGUCAAGCCGUCUGGACACCCUCGGGUAUUUUGGUCAUAAAGUUUUACACAAAUAUCGGAUUGAGACAAAAUUGGCUUCAUUGGAAAGCUUAGAAAAAAUUCUGUAAUUUGAGCAUCUGGACGGACCCUAGAAGCAUUCGGACGGCCUCCGUCCGGACGGAAAGAUUUGCCCAUCCGGACGGCCCUGGCUCCCGUCCUGACGUGCGUGUUUCAGACUCCGUUUUUGAGUCGAUUUUGGAUUUCCAAAGCCUAUAAAUAAGAGGCUUGAGGCAUGCUUUCAACAUAGAAUUCGGUGGUGAAUUCUCUACAGCUUAGAGACGUGAUAUUUCCUCUAAAGUCUUGCCAAGGGUGUGAAUUCCAUUAGAGCUCAGAGAAGUCAUCAAUCCUUUUGAAGUCGUUUUACAAGUGUGCUGUACUGUAAACCGAUGUCUAUCUUAGAGGUCGGCUCUAAGGUAAGGAGUUCCAUUGAAGACCCCUUCAGGUAGGUGAACCUGGUUGGGAAGCAUUCGUGUUGGGUUACACGUCAGAGAUCAAGGUACGACCACUGCAUCGGUACAUGUGAGUGUUACUGUCUUGUAUCUAGCUAUGUCUUCUGAAUAGUGGAAUUCCUUGGUUUGGCUGCCUCGGAGUGGUUUUUCUCUUAACUGAGUUUCCACUUCGUCAACAAAAAUCUCUGUGUCAUUUAAUUUCCGCUGUGCUUUAAUUUUUGUUGACACUUGUUGCACACACUUUAAUUUUAGAAGUCAUUUCAAUUUUUCAAUUGGUAUCAGAGCCGGCACACUCUGUUUAGGAUUUAAUUCCUGAGUGUGCUCCUCAUCUCUUUGUGACUUCUAUUUUUUUUAUUACAACUUUUAUCAUGAAUUCUUCUCAGUUAUCAAAUGAGGAUUCUGAUAUUAAGCUCUUGAAGGUUUUUAAUAAAUUGAAGAAUGAUCAUCAUUCUAAAAUUUCACAUAAAGAGCUUAAAAAGGUGAAGCAAGAAAAAGAGUCUUUGAUUAUUCAAUUGCCUGAAUCACAUGGCUUAAAUGACUCUUUAAGAUCUGAGAAUACCAUGCUGUUUAACAUUAUUGAUUCACUAGAGAUUAAAUUAAAAGAUUCUGUUUUUUCUAGUGAUAAUUUGAAAAGCAUGAUGUAUAUUCAUUCAGAUAUUUCCAACAAGCCUGAUUUAGUUGUUGAUGAUUUGAGUGCUUCUACUUCACAUGUUUCUGAUUCUGAAUUAGAUUCCUUUAUUAUUGAGCCUGUGAUAGUAGACACUGCUUGUUUGGAUAAUUCUUGCUUGAAUGAUUGUGUGAUGCCAAAAUCCAAAGACACAGGUACACAAGCUCGUGGUAAGUUUGUCCCUACUUGUCAUAAUUGUGGGAAGAUUGGUCAUAUUAGGCCAAAUUGUUGUUUGUUGAAAUCCCACAGGCCUUGGAUCAAGCAGGAUGCUAUGAGGAAAUGUAAAGUUGAAGAUUUUUCCUCAUCAAAAUAUGUUCCUCCGCAUAGGAGACAUAUAGAAGGUAAGGGCACUGUUAUGUGUAAGAAUGCUAACCAUAAUUUUGCAGAGAAUAUCAAGAAGCAUUCAAACAAAAGAAGCUUGCCCACCUGUCAUCACUGCGGCAUCACCGGUCACAUCCGACCCAAAUUUCCACAACUCCAGAAGUUGAAGGUUCAGAGGAAGCUGCCAAUAAGAGCUACACCUCCGAUGGCUCUUCAAGCUCUACGACAUCAGCAGAAGUUUGUUCCUGCUAAUCAGAGUGGCAAAUCAAGGCGCUACAAGAGAAAGCUGCAUAAGCCCAAUGGCAGCCAUGCCCAUGAAGGAUUGCUGAACCUAAUACAAGGUAUGCUACGGAGAAUGGACAACAUGGGCAAAACCUGCAAGCUACCGCCUCGGGUUAAGUAGGUAUGGGUCAGGAAGGAUGUGACCAUUCACCCCUUGAGGGGGAGUGGACUUACCUAGUAAAGGUGAAGUCUCUCAUGCCUAGGAUUGUGGUUCCUUAAUCCUAGUGCAUGUCAGGUAUGUUUACAUUGCAUUGUCUAUCUUGUCAUAUUUAUGCCUUGCAUUCUGUUUGAGGAACUGUUUAUUUUAUCCCCAUAUUUUCUCUUGUUAUCUUGAAAAGCUUCUGCAGAUAUUUUUGGGGAUGACAGUUAAAGCACGUCGGGCGGCUGCUUCUCUGUCUUGGUAUUUCUAAACCUCUCUCCAUGUGGAUAGGUUUGGUUUUACCUUACAUGCUGGGAUUAGAUGUCAUUUCCUUUUCUGAGCAUGUGUUUGUUGAUUUUCUGUUUAUCGGUUUUCAACAAAAAAAAAAAAAAAAAAAAUGGGGAGAAUUUGCAGGAUUUUCUUUCUCUUGGCUUAUUAGGUACUGUAUGUAUCCUUACCUGAUAUCUCUCUUCUGUGAGCAUUAAUUUACUAUGCUUAGAUAUAUUCGAGAGUUUUGACUAUAUUAGCCAAGUGUUUUUCCUGUUUAUGCAAAAGUAGGAUAGCUUCUUUCCUCAUGCGAUGAAAAAGUGCACUAUCCCGGGCUCCCCUAAGGUACUUCUUUCCUUCUCUAACUCAUUGCUUUUGGAGAUUUUGGAUAUGAGUAGAAGUCCUUGAUUAGAUGGCCAAAUUGACCACAGGCUAGUUGAACCUAGCAUCUAUAAAUUCUGGCACUCCCUUCAGUUUGCAGUACCAUAAGAUUCGAGCAGUAAUUCAUAAAAAGUUAUGUGCUUUAAAUUUGUUUAAUCACUGCUUAUGUGCUUAAAUUUACCUUGCCCUCUAUGAGCAAGUAAAAAUUUAUCUUGUCCUGCAUGAUACAAGUAAAAUAGAAUAUGUGCUGUUUUUUUGGGGGAGUGUAUCAGAUGAGGGUGGCUAGGCCCUAGUAAGUUAUAAGGUUUGACUUUUGGCUUAUUUGUCUCUGAUUUUCUCUCGUGUCUAGAAAAUCUAGUUGCUCUUUGUCAUGUCUUGGAAAGUCAUACCUUGUGGGAAAAGAGUCUCCACACACACACGCAUUGCUUGAGUUGAGUUGCCUAUUUGAAUUUUUUGUGAUCAGGAAAAGUUAUUUGUGCUGAUUGAACUCUUAACUCUCUUUUAUAUCUCUGCUUAGUUUUGAGAUGCUCCCUGAUUGUGUUAUCAGUGGAUUAUACAUGCGUGUUCUUAAACUGACUUUGGAAAAAUUAUUUUUCUGCAAAUUUUCCUCAAGUUUCAGAUUUUCAGUGUGAAGUGUGUGGACGGACUUAUUCUUACGUCCAAAACGAGAGCAGUCUUGCCAUAUGCUGACCUAGCAAUUGCUCAUUCGGUCAGGAUCUCUAUAGGUUUAAGACUUGCUUCUCUUUCUCUGCCAUACACACAUCUUUGCAUUUUUAUUGAUUUAUCAUGGCAUCUUGUGUCUUUUUCUCGUGGAUUUCUCCCCAGAUUUUGGCAUUUGUUGCACAUCUCUUCUCAUCCCAUGAUCUUCUUUGUGUCUUCCGUUAUUCUUUUAAGUCUUUGUGCUUUUAGAAUAUUGGAAUAUUUGUUGGGAUAUUUUCUUGAGAUAUUGUG